GAUAUAAAGUUAAGAUAGAUCGACACGUCAUCAGUUCAAACUGAAGCUUCAUGGCCGCGAGAGUUCUGUUGUCUGUCUUCUGGGUGACAGGUGUGUGUGACCUUCUUAUGGCUGCAGCAUACCCGAAUGCACCUCGACCAAUAUCAUGUCCAGAGUCUUGCGGUGGUAGAGGGUAUAUAUAUAAGGACAUGUGCAUCUGUGAAGGUAAGGUGGCCUGUGAAGGUAAUUGUCCAAGUGUGACCGGAUGUGAGAGGUACCAGGAAGUGGAGAAGGGUUGUCCCCCCUGUCACUGCUUGUGUUACACGCCAACCUGCCCUGUUGGAUGCAGCUACGGUGUUGAGUACAUCCCAGCUAGUGACGGCUGUAGAGAGUGCAGGUGUAAGAGCCCAUGCCCGGGUCUCUGUGACCUGUACUGCCCAGAAGGCUUUGUUUUGGACGCCAGUGGGUGUCCAGCUUGCAAGUAGGACCUUUUGACUGUCCUAUCGUCCUGAAGGACCAGUGGGUGUCCUGGCUUCAUAUAAAAUCUCACUAAAUCUCCACUUCUAAGUAUUUUUUUAUAUACUGAAACACCUAAUUUAUCUUGCACUAUAUAAUAAACAUGUA